CUUUAUUUUUCUUUGUUUGGAGAUUUUAAGAAAAAUCAUCGCCAAAAACAUGUUUAUUGAGAGCUUUAAAGUAGAAAGUCCAAAUGUGAAAUACACUGACAACGAGAUCCGAUCUGUGUACAACUAUGAGACCACUGAGCUGGUUCAUGAGAUCAGGGAUGGAGCCUAUCAAUGGGUUGUCAAGCCCAAGAUUCUCAAAUAUGAAUUCAAGACUGAUGUCAUUGUCCCCAAAUUAGGGGUGAUGCUUGUUGGAUGGGGAGGAAACAAUGGUGCAACCCUGACUGGUGGUGUUAUAGCCAAUCGAGAGGGAAUCUCCUGGGCUACCAAGGACAAGGUGCAACAAGCUAAUUACUUUGGCUCACUGACUCAGGCAUCGACGAUCCGAGUUGGAUCUUACAAUGGAGAGGAGAUUUAUGCCCCAUUUAAGAGCCUUCUCCCCAUGGUGAAACCAGAGGAUAUUGUGUUUGGAGGAUGGGACAUAAGUGACAUGAACCUAGCUGAUGCUAUGGCUAGGGCCAAGGUCUUCGACAUUGAUCUGCAAAAGCAGCUCAGGCCCUACAUGGAAUCCAUGAUCCCACUUCCUGGGAUUUACGACCCAGAUUUCAUUGCUGCAAACCAAGGUGAUCGUGCCAAUAACGUCAUCAAGGGGACCAAGAAAGAACAAGUUCAGCAAAUCAUCAAAGACAUUAGGGAAUUCAAGGAGAAAAACAAGGUGGACAAGUUGGUUGUCCUCUGGACUGCAAACACCGAGAGGUACAGCAAUGUCAUUGUGGGACUAAACGACACCGUGGAAAGUCUCAUGGGUUCUUUGGAGAAGAAUGUAGCAGAGAUUUCUCCUUCCACUUUGUAUGCUAUUGCUUGUGUUCUUGAGAAUGUUCCUUUUGUCAAUGGAAGCCCUCAAAACACCUUUGUUCCUGGGCUAAUUGAUUUGGCUAUUCAGAGGAACUCUCUGAUUGGAGGAGAUGACUUCAAGAGUGGCCAGACAAAGAUGAAAUCUGUCCUAGUGGAUUUCCUUGUUGGGGCCGGUAUCAAGCCGACAUCAAUAGUGAGCUACAAUCAUCUGGGAAACAACGAUGGCAUGAAUCUAUCAGCUCCGCAGACCUUCCGGUCGAAAGAGAUAUCAAAGAGCAAUGUUGUUGACGACAUGGUUUCAAGCAAUGGAAUACUCUAUGAGCCUGGUGAACAUCCUGACCAUGUUGUGGUCAUCAAGUACGUGCCGUAUGUGGGAGAUAGCAAGAGAGCCAUGGAUGAGUACACAUCAGAGAUAUUCAUGGGAGGCAAGAACACCAUUGUGUUGCACAACACAUGUGAGGACUCCCUUUUGGCUGCUCCCAUCAUCCUAGAUUUGGUUCUUCUUGCUGAGCUUAGCACCAGGAUCCAGCUAAAAGCUGAAGGAGAGGGAAAGUUCCACUCUUUCCACCCCGUGUCUACUAUCCUCAGUUACCUCACCAAGGCCCCUCUUGUUCCGCCAGGCACACCAGUGAUAAAUGCACUGUCGAAGCAGCGAGCAAUGCUGGAGAACAUACUGAGAGCAUGCGUUGGCUUAGCUCCUGAAAACAACAUGAUCUUGGAAUACAAGUGAAGAAGCUUUUGGUCCUUGGGAACUUUAGGAUCAUUUCCGGUUUCUGUUUCAUAAAAGCUGUGGUUCAUCGGUGUCACAGAUUGUAAUGGUUUAUGGUUGGUGUAUUACGGUGUUUUCCUCCCUCUUUCGGAUGGGGCUCUUAUUAUGCUCUUUCAUGUAAAGCUCAUUCUUGAGCAUGUUCCACUUUUGUGGAAUUAGAUAUGAUCACAUGAAACACUUUUGAAGCGUUUAAAAUGCACCAUCUCUUAUGCUUCGACU